GUGGAAUUCGACACUUUGUUAAAGUCAGUAUACUUUGCUUCUAAAACGACUCGCAAUUUGACGAUUUGCCCAUUUGCGUAAAUGCAUGCGCAAGGUAUUGUAAUUGAAAAACCAAUUUCGCACAUUCGAUAGUUUGACAUGGUAGCGACGUUAUUUAGAAUCCAUUAAUAGUUGCUUGUAAUAUAAACGAUCCAUAAUUUCUAAAAUUAAUGAACCAACAACCUUUUUUAAACACACUAUUUACACUGUUGCGAUAAGCAACUUAUGAAAAAAAUGUAAUUUACAUUGUCUUUGUUUUUCAAAAUUUUUGCUGAAACUAAAUAAAGAAACUUGAAACUAAAAACUAUUAUUUAUUUUUUUUUUAGUAUAACCUGUUCAAACUCAUAAUCGUGUUCUUUUACGCCUCCUCACCGGUGAACGCUUCAAGUGAUAUUCAUUGUCAUCAUCGAUCUGCAAAUAAUCCACGAGAUUUUCCCACAUUUCUUGCUCUCUGCAAAUACGAAUUUCGGCACUAGAAGGAAUAUUUCAAUAAAGAAAACAGCAAAAGCAAGCAAAUCCGCCAGACAGCGCAAGAUUAAAAGUAAAACGCAAUGGUAAUGGAUGCAACUCAAUCCCAACAACCAUCUCCACAAUCUGUUGGCCGCGAGUUCGUGCGCCAAUACUAUACUCUACUUAACCGUGCGCCAAACCAUUUACAUCGUUUCUACAAUAACAACUCUUCGUUUAUACAUGGCGAAUCGACUUUGGUUGUUGGCCAGCGCAAUAUCCACAAUCGCAUACAGCAGCUAAACUUUCAUGAUUGUCAUGCCAAAAUAAGCCAAGUGGAUGCUCAAGCGACCUUAGGCAAUGGUGUUGUUGUUCAGGUGACUGGCGAGUUGUCGAAUGAUGGCCAACCUAUGCGCCGUUUUACUCAGACCUUUGUCUUAGCAUCCCAGUCGCCGAAGAAGUACUACGUUCACAAUGAUAUCUUCCGUUACCAGGACAUGUAUUCGGAUGAGGAAAAUGAUGGAGAAACGCGGUCAGAAAACGAUGAUGAACAUGACCAACAGCAACAGCCGGCUCUAGCUUCUACUGCUGCUCCCGGAAGUGAACCAGUCGUAUUGCAAGUGGGCGCUGGAACGGGGGCUGUAACUGUGGAACCACAGCAACAGCAACCAAUUCAACAUGCUCAGCUUUCAGCGCAGGUAGUGGCCACACCAGCAGGUGCUGCGGUGUUACCCCAGCAACAGCUAGGCGCACAGGCUACAGGCGGUGCACCACAGCAACAAGCUAUUUACUAUUCAGUGCCAGCUGCUGGUGGCUGUCCUGUGCCUUUAGUGGCAGCCACAGCACCACCGCAAGGAGCAGCCGCCGUGCCAUUGGCUGCACAAUUUUCAGCUGCAGCACCCACCCCUAGUGUACCACAACAGGUGCAGCUGAAUGGCGUUGUUGGCCAUGAGGAUAUAUUGUCGGCUGCAAAUCAGCAGCAGCAGCAGCAACCAGGUGCAGGACAACAACAACUAGUCGCACCGACUGCUUCCCCUGUGGUCCCGCAGCCCGCAGGAGGUAGCGUUAAUGUACCGACACCCGUUAUUGCCGCUCAAACUGUCCCUGCUGCUGGCAUUGCUGCUGUGCCAGUUGCUGCAUCCACUACAAUUCCACAGAACUCGGCUGCAAAUAUAACCGGCUUCCAACAAUCAGCCCUGUUGCAGCCGCAUGUACUUCAACAACAGCCAUUGCCGCAGCCAUUGGUGGCACAAACGCUGGCAUCACAACAAUCAACGACCGUAGAGUUCGAAGAUGGUGGCAUUAGUCCUCAUUUGACCAGUGGUGUUGAAUCAGACCCUCGCACAGGAUCGGCUAAUAUAUUAGCAGCAGCAGCUGAUAAUAUACAAGUUGUUGAUGAUUUUAAGGCGAUUAAUGAACAACAGCAACAGGAAAAGUAUGAAGCCGCUAAACAGCAACAACAACAACAGAACGAACCAAAAACGUAUGCAAAUCUCUUUAAGUCGACUUCAUCCUCGCCGAGCGGUUUCGUUACUGCUGCCAUGCAGCAACAGCAGCAACUCCAACAACAGCAGCUAUCGUCUAAUAAUACGUAUCAGUCGACGACAACCAUUUCCUCUACCACAUACUCACAGUCCAACUCCAACACUACUUCUUCGCUCUCGGUUUACAAUACGCGCAACAGCGACGCUUCAUCAUUGCGGCUAGAUAACAACAAUUUUGGUUCGGUUUCGCAAGGCGGUCCACUGCCGCAGCGUAGCAAUACAUCCCGAAUCAAUAAAGAAUAUGAGCCGCGCCGCACCAGCAAUGCGCAACAAUCCGACAACCAACAGCUAUUCUUGGGUAAUAUACCACAUCAUGCUUCAGAAGAAGAGCUGAAAGCAUUGUUUAGUCGCUUCGGUCAGGUACUGGAGCUUCGGGUUAUGUCCAAGGCGAAAGCUACCAAUUUGUUGAGCGUGCGAUUAUUGCCGUUAAGUAUUUUAGGAAUUAGCCUCAGUGUGUUAUGAGUUACUCGUUCUUGUAUGGACGGAAGUCCAGCUUCCAUUAAAAUGCAUUUCAGUGGUGAAGUAGGGAAGGCCCGUAUGCUUCUCCGAGCUGCUGCGUGGUAUGCUGGUGUUAUUAAUUUAAGCUGACUUUUUGAGCAGUGCCCAUAGAUUGUUAGGCCAUAGUCCACUUUUGACA